AUGUAAUUAUUCAAUAAAUUUCUAAACCCUUUGUUUAAAAUUAAUUAAUUUAAUAUUCAAAGUUUAUUCUCUUAUUUCGAAUAAACACCGAAGUCUUUUACUAUUAUUAUGACAGUUUCUCAUUAUAACUUAGUGUCCCAUAGUUUUCCAUUAUUUAUGGUUAUCAUUUAAAUUUACCUAUUGGAUACCUUGGUGCUUGGCAUUCCAAAUGUACAUUAAAGAAAAGUGAUAGAAGAAUUAAAAAGAGAAGACAAGUUAUUUGAUUUUCAUCCAAAUGAAAAGUUAAAUAACAAAAUGAAGAUAGGACCAUAUCCAUAAGAUUAGGUUGAUUGUAAUUAAGCCUCAAUUUGCAAAGAUUGUAAAAGUAAUGAAGCAUACUUAAUUACUCCUAAGAAUGUUCAUCUUAUUGGACUUCAUUUUGGAUAUAAAUAAGAAAUAAUAGAUCUAUUUCAUUCCUUAAAAUUUAUAGAUUAGGAUUCUGCAUUAUGGUUUGCAUUUUCUGAGAAAUAAAUUUGUAUAGAGAAAAGUCAAUUAUAAAUUGAUGUAAUAGAAUUGAUAAUUUUUAGAUAUCCCUUAAGUCCAUUUUCAAUUAAUAUCAAACUCUGUAAAAUACUUUGGAAGUAUUUCCUCAAUUAUUUUCCAUCCAAGAUAACAUUAAGUUGAACAACAUUAGGAUGAUGGCCAGAUUUGAUAGAGAUAAUAGAGACGAUUGGAAUUACGAAAUUCUAUCUCUUAAUUACACAGGCAAUUGCGAUUCUGAUCUAUUACUUUGUGAAUAGUUUUAUCAAGAACCUACUAACGUAAUAUAGCAAUGUAAUUCAUAGGUUUAUCUGAGAGUAAACGGUAAAUUAAAGGCAAUGGAGGAUAUGGGGUUUGAGAUAAUCGGAAAUAAAAAUAUUAAAUAAAUAAUUAUAGAGGAGAUGAUAUUGCCAAAUUUAAUUUUUGAUUAAUUGAUUAAGUAAUUCUUCGGAGAGAGAUUCAUUGAAUAGAUCGAAUAUGAUAUGGAUAGACAAUACAAAGUAGAGGUUAAGGAGUCUCUAAAGGAGCAUAAGCUUGAAUUAGAAUUAAUUAUAGAAGAGCAUUGA